AUGAGAUCUUUUGCCUUAGCAGCCGUGUGGCGUCGCAUGCUUUUUGGGUUCGACUGGGCUGUAUGGGUGACGAUCGCGAUUUCGGCGUUCGGAGGUCUCGUUGUCGCCGUGGUCAUCAAAUUUGCCGACAAUAUCUUGAAAGCGUUUGCAACCUCAUUCGCUAUUGUAUUGAAUUGCAUUCUGGCAUAUUUUCUCUUCAACUUCCGACCGACGAUGUUCUUCGUGGUCGGCGCCGUGUUUCGUCAUCGGAGCUGUAUUUGUGUACAGUAUCUACCCAUAUCGGUAAGUCGCCAUUCCAUUCUACCGGUUCGUCGUGAGCCUCAACCAACUUCCGAGGAGAUGGCAUCAUUGAAGGAGAGCAACGAAAAGGAGGCAGUUUAG